AAAAAGACCAAACGGAGGGUGAAGAAGAUCCGCAAGAAAGAGAAGGAGGUGGUAGUGCGGGCCGAUGACUUGCUGCCUCUUGGAGACCAGACUCAGGAUGGGGACUUCGGUUCUAGACUGCGGGGCCGGGGUCGACGCCGAGUGCCCGAGGCGGACGAGGAGGCCCCAGAGGAGGAGGAGAAGGAGCCGGUGCCUCAGCCCCUGCAGUCAGAUGACACCCGUGUGGAGAACAUGGACAUCAGCGAUGACGAGGAGGGUGGAGCCGCCCAGUCCGGGUCCCCAGAGGUGCUGGAGGAGGACGAGGCGGAGCUGGAGCUGCAGAAGCAGCUGGAGAAGGGGCGCCGCCUGCGGCAGCUGCAACAGCUCCAGCAGCUGCGGGACAGCGGCGAGAAGGUGAGGCGGCCCCAGCGGUUGCGUGCGGGGCAGGCGUGCGCUGGCCUCUGCAGGGCCAGGGCCUGCGGGGACGGGCGCGUCUUUGGUGACCUGUCCUCGGGAGCACG